AGCAACAGUUUGAAGGCGGCUUCAAAGGGGCUUCCUCAUGCAGGACCUCCGAGAUGUCCACUCGACCUGCACCUGCUUAUGCACUUACGCCGCAGUUGAUGUCAAUGGCGGCGCCUCGUCUAGUGCUAACUUUAGGUGCUCGUGGACAGUCUUGCAUUACCUUGAAAGGAGCAACCAAGUCACAUCAAACCAAUUUUUAGAGGCUUAUUCCCUCCCGUGAGACUUUUUCUCAUAGAGUCCGGAGUCUGCGCUGAUUACUCAUUGCCCCUUGAAUCGAAAGUGCCUGUGUCUUUGGUGUGAAUCAUGAUACCGCCCGAAUGGAUUCCAGGGCUCUAUACGGAUACCUCCAAUGCCCGACCUUUCCUGCAACAUUCCGUGCCGCUUAACGUGUUUGAUGCGGGUGUCCAAGGGCAUGACAAUUACUUGCAUUCGAGCGAGGAUCGAUUUUCUGGGACUACGAUGACUUGGUGCAAGGUGAUGCAGAGAUCUCUCUGUCCCACGAAUUUCCCGCAGCCAUGGUCAGCAACCAAGAUUCAGCUGCGUUACUGCCUCGCCUGUGUCCUGCCGUCACCAGCCGAGGGUGUAGGUACAACGGCCAUCAAGCAUUACUCGAACGCACCAUCAUAGGGAGAUGCAUGCUCAAGGAGGCCCCUUGGCGCAACUGACAGCCUCACCGACACAUCUUGCGCUGCCCAGUAGACCUUUUCAACUUCCACGGUGCAACAGCUGUACAGUUUCGGCCUUUUCCUUGAUUGCACUUUUCAAAGUUAUAGGUCAUCGCUACACAGUGUAAGCAACACGCUUGCUGUGAAGGAGGUACUGGUUCAAGCCACUGCUAUCAUCGUGCCAUGCUCAGAGCGAAACCGUCCAGAGGCCGCUUCUUCAGACCUUACUUCAGGUGGGAUUUAAAAUCAUGCGCAGUGCCCCCAGCAAUUCCAAUUCUUCUUCAAAUUCCCUUGAUUCACCUUUUGCUCUGCGACCAUCUCUGGCGCGGAGCAAGCGAGGGCUAUAUUGACCGGACGAUCUCAUUGAAAUCCUCAUGUUUUUACUCGGGGAUCUUUUAUUGAAACUACAUGGCCCAAAUAUAUGCGAAACUUGUUGACCCAAGGCCCGUGCCGCCCAUUAUACAAGGCUGCUACCCGAGGGUUGGAAACCGGCGUCCGUACAUGUGAGGGCAGCAGAAUCCGUUCAUCUCCUUUCGUGUGCUGCGAGAAGGGAGGUCUUUGUCAUUCAUUUCCAACACCAGAACAGUCCGUCGUGGCACGAACUCAUGGCAAGCAAAUCAAGUCACUUGUCUCGCUGGAAAGAUGGAUCAUAUACCACCAAUGGAUUUUUGUGGUCCUUCACCACUACACUGCAAAUCCUUCGAGAAGCCACCUCUGACUGAUUCCACCUGAUCUCAUCCCCUCCAAGACAUUCUGAUCCUGGUCUCGAAGACGAUGCCGACAAAGGUGAGGCUUGACAACAAAAAGUCUUUAAAUUCGGUAUCUUCCAACCCAUGCCUGUGCUCACUUUGGAUCCAACUUCCUGGUUCUGCUCCUCCACCCCAGACUGUGCACAUCCAAGCUGGAUUCAAGAGCUGCUCUUUCCCUUCCAAGAACCGAACAACAAGUACGAUAAGAUCGCGCAACCAGUGUUUCUACCCAUCGCGGUCUUCACCUCCAUAUUGACCUUCAACGUAAGCUACCUCUAUCUUCGUCGGUAUCGGCCAAUGAUGUUCGUACCCUUGGCCAUUGGGCUUACGCCUCUCCUCGGGUUGCUGGUUGGCAUCAUGCCCAAGGUUGUUCUGGCCGUCGACAAAACAUCCGACCCUGACCUUGUAGCUAAGCUCAAAUCCGCGGCCACCAUGCUUGACCGGCUCAACAUGCUCACUGACGAACAACUGGUGUACAAUUUCACCUCUAACCCCAAGUACUCGUGGCAUCCGGGGAGUGUCUGCAAUGCGAACGCAGCAACAUGGCCUGUUCUGAGCACGGUCGGGGUUACUGUCGCACAACUCAAUCUGGGCCCUUGCGCAAUGCUUGCUCCGCACUUCCAUCGUGCGGACAACCUCGUUGUCGCUAUAAAUGGCACUACAAACACAUACAUGUAUCAGGAGAAUGGAGCAAGAAUCGUCGAGCAGACUCUCACCCCAGGCAUGAUGACAAUCUUCCCUAGAGCGAGUGUGCAUACCAUGUAUAACACAGGCUGCGAGAACAACCAACUCUAUUCGUUUCUCAAUGAUGCAGACGCAUCGACAGUCAACCUCGCACAAGCUUUUUUCAUGCUGCCCGAUGACAUAGGCUUGACAGUCAUGCCUUUUAUUGAGCUCUCCAACGGCAACUGGACAGCGACCGGACAGGCUAUCCCGCAAGUCGGUACAGGUAGUCAGGCGGGCUUUGAAAGCUGUCUGGCGAAGUGCGGACUCAGCUCGAGCGGUUAUGGCAGUACCGGCCCUGUCGUCAUGGGCUGAGAAACAAGGGACAAUGGGAGAGAGGCGUCCGGAGGCUAUUUUUCUAACGCUGUACCAUGGAGGGCUGAGAGCAUCUUUUGGCUACGGCACCGCUCAUAGGAACGGCGAAAGGGAACAUGUACACCACUUUCGGG